UCUGUGAAGACUUGCGAGAGUGUUCAGACUGUUGUAAACUGUUCCUAGUCAAUUCUCCUACCGUAAUGACACGAACGUAUUAGUUAUUUAUGAUGAGUUUGAGCACCCAUCUCGAAUGCACGUGGGAACAUAGUAACUUAAAAAGUAACGCUAGUUACAGGUUAGGAGACUAUUUACCUUGCUAUCGUAGCUACCUAGCCAGCUAACAGUGUUAGCUAUCAAGCUGCAAUGAUGGAAGUCGGAUUGCCAAAACAGGAGGAUGCAGAUCAGUCUCUGCCUCUGUCCUCUCUGCGCCUUUUGGUUCCACCACUUCGGCUCAUGUCUGCCCUCCUGUGGCGUGUCAUGCAGCAGCGGAAUGUGAUGCAAUAUGGGAUAUUGGCAGACUUUGUGUCACUGGUUUCUGAAGCUGUCCCAGAGCUCUUCAGCCACACUCACGGAGUUGAACUUAUUCUGGGACUGCGAGCAAAGCUGAUUCUGGAGUUGUGCUGCCGGGGCGAGCCAGUGGAUACACAUACAAUUCAGACUCACCUCAACAGCAUCCAGCUGUCCCUGCCCCUAGUCAAAGAUGUGGACAGCGCAGAGGUGGGAGAGGCAGGACUGCCUUUUGUGGAGCUGGUCCAAACCCUCAUUAAAAACACUGAUGAGAGAGAUCACUUCUUCCAGCAUAUAUUUCCAGUGGAGUUUGGUCCGGAUUAUGACUCUGCUAUUCAGACGCUAAUGUGGGACUUUCUGUCCCGACUGGGGCACUUCCUGCCUGUCCCUGAUCUCCUGCAGACUGUAGAUUGGCUGGGCUCUGAGUCUUCUGUUUUAAAGGACUGUGAGGAAUCCAUCAGUAACCCAGACAACUUGAAGUCACUGCUCCAUCACCAUAAGUUCCUUGGGCAUCUGGACGCUCCUGCCUCCUCACCAUGCUUGAGUGUGGGUGGCUGCAUCCUCUCUGCUUUGUCUGGCAAGAGAGACACCAUGCACCGUCUUGGCACAGGCAGCCAUCUGCCAAAUUCCCCAGUGGACUCAGUUCCCGCUCAGAUCCCGGAGUGUGUUAUGGAUGCAACAGACGUAUUGACCGUUGUGGUCAUGUCAGAAUGGGCAGAUGGCGAACUAGAUGCAAAUCCGGCCAGAGAGUGCCUUCCUGGAGUGGAAGCUGCUGAGCAUGGAAUCAACCAGCUGCAUGCUGAUGAUUUUCAACUGAGGCAGUCACAGGAUAACAGAACAACUAGGGAAAAUGACCUUGGGAGUGAAAGAGGGGCUGAUGCUGAGGACUAUUUGGGGGAAACUGCUCUACACUGUAAGGAGGGUGACGGAUCUUUGAAGGGUGCGAAAAGACGGAGACCAGAGGAGAAUGUGUGUGACCCUACAGUGGGUGGAAACUGGUCGGACAGUAACCCAGCUGGCACAUCCGCACUGGACCCUUCGCCAUGCAUGCCUGCAUGCGCCCAUGAAGAGUCAACUACGCUCACGCAUCUCACAGCGAUUCGGAGAUCAGCCCGAGAGCCCAAGAAGACUUGGAAGAUCAAAAUGGUGAACCUCCAAAAGCAGAAAAGAAAACCUGUGCUCCAUAAAGUGGUUAGCUGCCAAAAGCAGAGAAGAAGGCCUGCCACAGUUAAGAGAAACUCUGAAGCAGUCAAAGAGUUGAAUGCAGGUCCCGUUGCAUCAAAUAACAGGGAUUCUGUUGAACUUUCUGAUGUGUCUUCUGGUUUGAUCUCAAAUGAUGGAAUUACAGAUUCUUUUGCAGACGUCUCCUCAAAGGUCUUCUCCUGUCCUAUGUGCCCCUUCACCCAUGCUCAAGAGCGGUACCUGAAAAGCCACAUCAAAAAGAUACACCCGGUUCCACAGGAGGAUGGCAAGAAGGAGCCUCAUAUGUGCCAGGUGUGUGGCAAAGGCUACCGCUACCCAGGUAUGCUCAAAGCACACGAGCGCACGCACACUGGCGAGCAACCCUUCCAAUGCACGGCCUUGCGCUGUGGCCGCCGCUUCUCCCACAUCCAGGCCCUGCGCCGCCAUCGCCUCAUCCAUGCCUCCAGGCCCACCGAGGAGUUGGGACUCGAGGCGAAGGGGGAAGAGCCUGGAGCCAGUGAGCCCCAGAUGUACUGCUGCCUGUACUGUGGUGAGAACUUCAGCUCACUGAGCGCACGGCGGGAUCACCACCGCAGCCAUGCCCAGGAUGAGCUGAAUCGCUGCAGCGACUGUGGCAAGCGCCUCAGCUGCCAGGCGGCGCUGGUCCGGCACAAACGCGGCCACCUGGACGAGCGGCCACACAAGUGCACGCUGUGUGAGGCCACCUUCGCCUGCGUCACCAGCUUCAAGCGGCACCUGCUGGCACACCGGCCUGACCGGCCGUACCGCUGUGGCUGCGGUAAGGGCUUCACGUACCGUGGUGCCCUGCUGUCACACCAGCGCAUACACACGGCUGAACGGCCGUACCAGUGUGCGCACUGUGACAAGAGCUUUCUUUACCCAGGCGCCCUACGCAAGCAUGAGUGGACGCACUCCAAAGAGAAGCCGCACCUGUGCUCACACUGCGGCAAGAGCUUCAAACGAGAGCGCACACUCCGUGCCCACAUGGCCGGCCACACCAAGGAGAAGACUUUCCGCUGCUCACUCUGCGACAAGACCUUUGCCUACAAGGCCAGCCUCACGCGCCACGAGCUCACGCACACGGGUGAGCGGCCUUUCCUCUGCGCCGACUGCGGCAAGAGCUUCUUCUCCUUCGGCGAGCUGCUAAAACACCAGCGCUACCACACGGGCCACAAGCCCUUCCAGUGCUCGCACUGCGACAAAAGCUUCACGCAGGCCUGCUACCUCCAGUUGCACAUGCGCUACCACACUGGAGUGAGGCCAUACACCUGCCCGCAGUGCGGCAAAAGCUUCUUUACAUCCUGCCGUCUGAAGCGGCACAUGCAGAUUCACACCGGGGAGAAGCCGUUUGAGUGCACAGAGUGCGGGAAGCGUUUCAGGCAGGCUUAUGUGCUUAAGGUGCACCGGCGGACUCAUGUCUGCGAAAGAACAGGGAGGAUGAUUAGCAACACUUUUAUGUGAGGAUUUUCUUCCCUUCUUCUUGGGGUUUUGUUUCAAAGCAGAUGCACCUUUAUCACUAAAAACCCAAUCGGCCAGAUUGGUAACAAGGGCUUGGGUUCAGCAGGUAUUUGCUAUGUUAACUCAGUAAUGCUUCUCUAAGAUCAGCAAGUUCCCUCUCAGGAAUAUCAGCAUUGCUGGUUAGAAACACCAAUUUUUCACCUGACUCUUCUACAGUCAACAGUACAUCAGAGAUCUCGUAGCACGACCACAACAAUAACUGUUUUGUUAUCUUUAUGAUAUGUAGGCAGAAUCAAGUCAGAGAUCACAAAGGACUAGCACUGCCAAACAGCAACAGAAGAAACUUUUGUUUUCAUCUUAAAUCUCCAUUACCAGCUUCUGCUGAUGUGGGACCAGUUUUCCAAAGCCAAAAUUAAACAACGGGUCACAAGUAAAUGGAAGAAUGAUUCCAUUAAGCUGCUGACUUUUUUAAAUAUAAAAAUAUUGUGCCCUCUUAUUGCUGGUAUUACAACACAUGAAAACACACAAUUCCAAAUGGCUUCUUCAGCCAUGAAAGUAUCGGUGCCAUCACUAUAACCUUCAGAGCUUUUACAGAAUGCAACAGUGCAAGACUGUUCUUUUGCUAUAGAUGCCACUGCAUCUACAUUUACAUGUCACAUGGUUAUAGUUUAUCAGUAAGACAACUUGUCAUAUUGCUGCCAAGAAUUAUUAGAUGGUGUUUUCAUUAAAUGUAUUCUGAAUAUAUUCUCAAUAUGUUGGACUCAGGAACUGGUUAAAAAAGGACUGAUGAGAUGUAAUUUUGUAAUUUGGCUUUGGAGUGUUUUGGCAUGCCUUUCACUACUGAAUUUGUAUACUUAAAUCCUUUUUUUUCCCCUAAUUUUUUUUAUACUUUAUUAUACUUAUAAAAUAGAUAUGGACAUAGUAGAUUAAAUAACACUCACCUUUUCCCCAGAGACAUAGACAUACAUUUUUACAUUUCUGACAAAACCGUUGGAAUUUACGUGUGCAGCUACUUGAAGGCAAAAAAAACAAGAUCAUUUCAGAGAACAUGGUUACAUCUGCGCUCUCUAAUUUCAGUCCAUUUGUCUCGGCCUUUUCCGUACCAUCAGUUAAGUGUAAUUCCUUAUUUGUACAGUUGAUGUCAGCAUUUUUUCAUCUAAAUGUUUUCCGUGUGCCAGUUAUUACUUCUUACUCAUUAAAUCCACUGAUUUAAAAUCUUCCUGUAUUCACGGCACAAGAAACAUCACUUAAAACUGCAAAGCUGCACUAAAGUUUCAUUUAGCUUCUGACAAAAAAAUUAUUUCAUACAAUAAACACCAAUAUAGUUCUCUGUGCCAUCUUCUAAUCUGUUAAUGGAUUCUGAAUGUUGUAGAUUGCUAAAAGCUUUUCAUGGUUUUUCCUCUCCUGAGGGUGUGCAGCCAACUAAAUGGGAAACUCAAUACAAUUCCCGGACAGCAGAAAGGCAUAAAGGGCAACUGCCAGCAGGUGACUGUGCCCGGCUCCUCUCUUCAUUCUCACCAAACCCCAGCUUUGGAAUCCUGCUGUGUAAUCAGAAUGGCUCAACUGCCUUACUGCUGUGCAGUGACCUUCUGUGCUCAAAAGUGCUCUGCAUAGGAGUUGUCCUUUUGCAACAGAAUAGUGCCAACUUUCUCUACCUAGGUAUGAAUAUAAAGGUACUAAUUUUAUAGGGCUUUGCAAUAACCCGUUCUCUGUAAUAAACACUAAAUUAACUUAUUACGUUUAAUAAGCAACUCAGUGCUGAGUGUCCAAUGAAAGCCCAGAUGCUUUACCCAGCCUCUUCGAAGGAGCUUUGUCUGGCUGCCUGGGUAGAUUAUACACUGGACAGCAUGAUUCAUUCUUUUUCCAGUGUCAGAAUGAUUUUUUUGGAAUUCGUUCAAACUUCUGUAAAUGAAAGGCACAGUAAUUAACAUGUACACUGUAAUUACAAUUUCUGGCUGGAAAAGCUUACAGCUCUGAAGCUAAGCUCCCAUGUUUAUAUACUGAACAAGCUGUUAAAAGACCAGUUGUCAGUAAAGGUAUAAUUUGUUCAGUUAAGUCACUAAACAUCAAGUCACUAAACAGCACCCAUUUAACAAUACUCAUUUAACGUUUCCUGCCGAGAAUCAUGGGGUCAGGCUUUGGACAAAAAGCAAGAAAUAUUUUGGAUUGGAUUGUGUAGGACAGCUCUUUAGAAUGCAGGAAGGAUUGCUAUACUAUUUUAAAACAUGAGGCAUGAACUGUUGGCGGCAUUGUGGCAUCCUUCACCUUUGAAGUCAAGAAAAAGCCAUGCCCUACUGCUUAGCAAAUCGGGAAUGUGCAUGUAAAAUCUGUGCAAGAAUUGGAAAAGGCUGUCAGUGGGAGAGGUCUAGCCGCAGUGUACACCAUAGAUCAGCGAUGUGUGAUUUCUAGUGCUGAAGCGAUCCCAAGAACACAAGCAGUUUUGGUUUUGUAAUGGUUGUUUCAGCCUGCUGGAGUGCUUUACUAACAAUGGUUUUAGGCUGUGCUAAAGAGGUUUGAUUGACUGUGUCUUGGGCUUAAUUUUGUCUUUUUUAUUCGAUGAUGAAAGGUUAUGGUCUUGAGUGCAGCCUUAGUAUGUGAAAAAUACAUGGAAGUUAGGACAGUGCCCUUUUUCUUUUUCCUCAGUUUGGACAGAGCACUCUCAACCAUUUCACUGCGAGUUAUACUGUGUAUGACUAUGUAUGUGACAAAUAAACCAAACUUGAAACUUGAACUUGAACUUGAACUUGAAAUGGUGCUGCUUGCUUAUUACGUGAUAUGUAGCCAAAUGGUUUACAUCCAGAAGACAAAUAAAACUCAAAACUGAAAUCAGAUUAACAAUGCAGUUAUAAUGUGCUAUAUUGCUCUAUUUUCAGUAGGAGUUUACCAAUAUCUCAGAUUUAUUCAUUUAACACUUCUGUAGAGUUAAAGCUGGUGUUAUGUGCAAUGUGAGUCAGUUUACACAGGAGAGUGAUCUCAUUUGGCAGAAAGAGGUUUGGUGAAUUGUGAGGUGGAGUGACUGCUUUUCUGGUGUCAUGUUGAGAUAUGCUAGAUUGGCUAAUAAAUAAGUUCAGGUCCAUUCCUCUUCACACCGGAAGCAGUUGUUCUAUAAAAGAGGAGAGAGACUGUUCAGCAUCCAAAUUAAUUUCCUUCUGCAUCCUCCCAGGUGUAUCUCAACAUAGAGCUAAAAGAUAUGAGAAUAGCAUUGGUCUUGUUACCAUGUGGGGCUCAGAAGUCAGUCAGUUCCUAAAUAAAGACCCCCUCCAGUGGAAAUGUUUUUAACCUUGGUAACAUGUCUAUGUGGUGAUUUUAUAUGUUAGAAGACAAAUCACGACCGAAAUAAGCAGUCAACACUAUGGCUGAACAAACUGGCUUUGGAACUAAGGUGUACCAAUGACAGAUACAGAGACCCAAGGUUUUAUACAUUAGAAACAAGGAACCAAGCCUAUGAACUUGCAGGGUGGGACUUUCCAUAUCAUUACAAUAAUGCUCUGGUGAAAUGUGUGGUAUAAGAAGUGUAGUUGAUAUCUGAUUUGGCCAGCUGUUGGAACUAUUUUAAAUAUUAUGGCAGAGACGCGUUCUGUUUUCAGUUGCAAAGUUGUGAAAGGAGUGAAUGUGAUGCUUCAUAUAUUUCCAAUGGAUCUGAAAAUCCGAGAGAAAUAAGUGCAAAAAAUUAGUGGAGAAAUUGGAGUGUCCUAGACAAACUUCCAGAAUAAACUCUGGUUGGCAGCACUCACUUUACAGAGGAUUGUUUUGUAAAUUUUAUUUAAAAAAAAGAUGUUUUGAAGCCCAAUUCUCUUCCAUUAAUUUUUCUUGGGGACACAGCAUGUACGAGCCAACAUGAUGGUCAACCAGUAAGUUUAGUUUUCUUGUGUUUUAUCUGCGGACUAUAUACAACAAAACUAGUGUGCUAGAUAAUGUUAGAUGUUAGCCUGGCAAGUACCACAAUGAUUCAUGUCAAUUGAUUCAUAUUAAAAGGCAUGUUAUGAUUUGGGAUGUUGACAAAGAAAGUUAGGUUGAAUGUUAUUCAAAACAGUUUGUCAGAUAGCCAAGCUGCUGAAUUAAUGAUGGUUAUAUUCAUUACAGUAAUUCUGACAGAAUACUUCACAUAACUUUGGGGUUGUUCACAAAGAAAACAUGUCACAGGUCAUCCUCAAGCUGCUAGAACUGCGUUAGCAAGUGCAUAUGACACAUGCUUUCUGACAAAGCCCUGAAGGCAAGCAACUCCCACAUGUAGUCAUUGCCCAUGCUCUCUGGUCAAGAAGAAACCAGUGUUGGCACAUUUUGCAAAGAAAACCAUGCACAACUAAAUAAAUAUAAGACAUGGAUAUGAGAUUGUGUGUUUAUUUUGAAAUAUUUUUUCAAUGGGGCAUUCUGUAUCUUCAGUUAUUCUUAUAAUGUAUGUAUAAUGUAUGUAAUGUAAUGUAAUGUCACUGUAAAUGUAAUACCUGCACACUGUAUAUAGUAUACUGCAUAUAGACUGUAUAUUCUUUACAAACUAGUUGCCUUUUUCCAGAGACUUUCUGUGGUGUUCGAAUUGUUUCUUCCUUAUGGUACUUCUGGAUGUUUACAAAGUAGUUAACUUGUCAGAGCUGGUGACCUGGACCAUAGUCAAGCCAAAGAAUCAUUUUAUCUGUUAAGAUUAGGUUUCUAAAAUUAUAGGGAGUGUUGCACAAAACACAUUACCAUUCUGAUACAUUGACUUGUAGGCAACUCUGUACAGUUUGCUCUUCUUCUGGGUCAGUUUCCAGUUCAAACAUGUAGGCUGAAUUACUCCAAUAUUACUGCUUAUCAUUGCGUAGCACCCAGUAGUUAGCAAUACAGGAAACAAGCAGUUUAGUGUCUUUAAUGAGCACAGUUGAAGGUGAGCAAGUAAGCUUGAGCUGCAGGCAAGUGGCAGAGGCAUGGGUGGAGAUAAAAGGGGAGCCUAUUUGCAUAUUCAUAGAUCCAUGCAUACUGAAUAAGACAAAGGUGUAGAUUUACAUCUAAGACACUUUGGCAUUAAGGGAUUUUUUUCUUGGAAAUGACUUAUAAAUAUGUAAUUUUGAUGAGCAUAGAUGAGUUUUUAUGGCUUUAAUUGGUGACAGCAGAGGAUCUUUAAGUCUUUUACAGUGAGACUGGAUCCAGUUCAAGUUGCAUUGUGAAACACAUCACAGCAGAAACUGAGAUGUAUUGACUACCCUUUCCAAUUGACAUUUUCCAUUUCCCUUUUCUCCUUAAAAGUUUGUGUAUUUGUAGAUGAUGAUGUACUCUGUAAUUUGCAAUUGAACUAAGGGGAAAGUAGCCUCCUUAGGGCAUAGUUUGCACUCAUCACAUGGUCUAGCUCCACUUCACAGCUCAAACAAUCAAUUACUUGGAUGAAGUAAUCCUUUAUUGCCCAAAGAUGGGCAUCGCCUUUGCAGACAUAUGAGACUUUUAAACCAGAUUAGAGGCGAGUUAUUGAAUUUCUAACAGUCAAACAUGGACAAAUUCCCUCAUGUAUGAAACUCAAACACCCAUGGAGUGGUGAGUAUGUUAGCAGCCUCUGUACCUGUAUUGGUGUGGUCUAUGUGGAUUUCAGAUAGGGCUUUAUUUCCAGGCUUUAUUUAAGAAAAAGGAUUUUGUCAGGUUUCCAGGGAUUUGUCUUCAAACAAGAAGGUAAUGAAGUGCUGAAGCUAUUUAGAAUCUGUGUUCUGUCACUGAUCUGUGAUUCUGUGGGCAGUUUAUAAAAUAAUCUUUUCUUUUAAACUCUAUAUUACAUUGCAAUAGAUGUGAUCAUUAAUUAUCAAUAAUGAGGAGACAUAUAUUGUCCGGGGCCAUUCUAUGAAAAUAUUGUCUUUGACAAAAUAUUGUAAUUAUUAAUGUAAUAGUGUAAUUUAUAAUAUAAUUUUGUUAUUGUUAUAUAUUUUUACCUCUUUUCAAAGAGGAAGAAAACAGCUGAUUUCCUUUUACAGAAAUCACAUUCAUGUGCCUGUGACCAAGGAGUGACCAUGAAAUCCAGACUGGGUCAGAUGGUUGCUCUUAACUUGAAUGUCCUCCAUCUCACUGAA